UCCCGCCUCCCUUGGAUGAGCACUURUAGCAGGUUUGGUUGCGCCGCUGCUGACAGCAACGAUGAUGAUCAACUGGAAGGUUUUGGACAAUGUCCCCCUCCUGUUUUACAUCCUGGCCCUGAAGACACUGCUGCUGUGUUUGGCUUUUGCUGGGGUGAAGAUGUACCAGAGUAAAAAAGCAGAGGAGGCUCUGAAGAAGCAGAAGCUGGCAGAGAGGAAGAAACUGGCCCAGCAGACCCAGGAGCUCAUCGACAACCUGAAGGAGGACUGACCAGCAACCUGCAACAUCACAGAUGAGUUAUCUCCCACUGAGUUGGAUUUCUGUCAGAAACAGGAGGACCUGGCUGCAUGGCAGGAAGCUGAUUGUGAUUCUCAUACUGGGACUUUGUGCCACACUUACACCAUUUGGUGUUUUCUUUUUACGGGAAAACAUUUAAAGCAGAAACCAGYUGUACCUGUGGAUGAAUGGAGUUAAAAAACGGACUACUUUUUUUUUAUUUUUUUUUACGAAAAACCUACAGCUUCAUACUUUUAUAUGUCAAAYUGACUGAAAACAUCCUGUUCUGCUUUUUUGUUUGGCCUUAUUUUUAAGAUUUUCAUGAUGGUGAAACUUUUAAGCUUGUGAGACAGAUUAUUGUUUGUUUACUAAUUUAUAUUAAAUGGUUUGUUCCACAUAU